CCUAGCGGUCUUGGUUUCUCAACACGAAUACUUAUUAAGUGUUUCAACUGUGACUUGACUUUUAUUUCAUUUUUUUUUUAUUUUUGUGUACAUUGUGUUUCGUUGGAUUAACUUAGUGGGUGGUUUAGUGAUGAUAGACGACAUUAUGGCCAAAAACUACUUGCACUGUCCUCUGAAAAAGAGGCCCGUACCAGUCUUCGAAGACAUCUCAGAUGAACCAGAAGACCUUUCGAUCUCAAGCCGUCUCCAGUCGGUGUCGCCGGUCUCCAGCCCAGAAUCGGCUCCGAUUUCGCCUUCUUCCACACCAACAUCUCCAGCGAGUUCACCGCCAAGGUACUCGUCGCCCCAGCUCACCUUCCACCAGCAGCCCAUCAAAGUGGAGGCUCGUCUGCCUUACUCGGCACCAAUCAGCCCCGAUUUCGCACCCCAAACCUGGCACAGGAGCGAUGCCCCCCUUUACCACCCAUAUUACAUGUAUCCCCAUUACGAUUACAUCGGAAUGGGCCCUUCGUCGCCUUACAGCGACAACUCCCUGUCGCCGCCGCAUCACAUGCAGCUACCCCUUCAACCCCUGGCCCUCAGACCGACGAACUACUUGUCCAUGGACCAGCACUCCCUCAGCCCCAACUCCUCGACCACGUCGCCGCCCCCGGAAAGCGUGAACGCCGAAGACCUGUCCGAGAAGCGACUCAAAGGCAUCAGACACCAGUGCCCGGACUGCGGCAAGAGCUACUCCACCUUCUCCGGACUGUCGAAACACCGCCAGUUCCACUGUGCCGCCGGCGACGGGCCGAAGAAGUCCUUCAGUUGCAAGUUCUGUGAAAAAGUUUACGUAUCGCUCGGUGCCCUCAAGAUGCACAUCAGGACGCACACGUUGCCAUGUAAGUGCUCGAUCUGCGGCAAAGCGUUCUCGAGACCUUGGCUGUUGCAAGGCCACAUCCGCACACACACGGGCGAAAAACCGUUUUCGUGCAGCUACUGCAACAGGGCGUUCGCCGACCGAUCGAAUCUCAGGGCCCAUCUGCAGACGCACUCGGACGUCAAGAAGUACUCGUGCACCACGUGCACGAAGACGUUCUCGAGGAUGUCGCUGCUGACCAAGCACACGGAGGGCGGAUGCACCGCCGGGCCGCAGAUGCUGAUGAAAAGUGAACAAAUUUACGGUUGUUAGGAUUUAUCUGUUUUCCCGUUUUUACUGUUCUGACCAGAACAUUCCUCAAGUGGUUCCUUUUAUUUCUUAUUAAUUUUUUUUUGCGAAGCAGUAUUUAUUUGUCGUUUAUUAAAAAGUUAAAAUAAUACAGUGCCUUUGAAAAAGACUGAGAUACUAAAAAAUUAUGUACAAAUAUAUCCUACCACGUUUUGUGAAUAUAAGUUUAAUUUUAAGAAAAUUAAUAUAUUUUAUGUAAAUAUUUUAUCGGAAAUCUAGUCAAUGUUAUUUUUAUGCCA